AUGGAAAAUUCUAGAUCGAAACUUAGAACACAGGACGAUGUUGUGAACACUAGAACGGGUCACUUUGAAAUGACUGACAAACUUAAAAUAAAGAUCAAAAUGAAUUUUAAAAAAUCGCUACCGUAUGUAGAAAUAAUAGAGCAACCCACAAAAACUUUACGUUUUCGAUAUGAAUGUGAAGGAAGAUUAGCCGGUAAUAUACCUGGUGUAAGCAGUACAUUAGAAAAUAAAACGUGUCCUAGUAUAAGAGUAAUUGGAUAUAAAGGUCGAGCUAUAGCUGUAGCAUCGUGUGUAACAAACGACAAACCAUACAGACCGCAUCCUCAUAAUCUGAUUGGAAGGGAAGGAUGUGAAAAAGGUGUUUGUACAAUCGAAAUUCCGUUAGAAGACAUGACAGUGACAUUUGCAAAUCUUGGUAUCAUGUGCGUUAAAAAGAAAGACGUUAAAAGAGAAUUAAAAAUAAGAGAGGAGAUUCGUGUAGAUCCUUUUCGAACUGGCUUUGAAUUCAAAAGGGAUCCUGAUUCCGUUGAUCUAAAUUCAGUGAGGCUGUGCUUCCAAGUGUUUUUAGAAGGAUCGCAGAAAGGGAAAUUCAACGUGCCAUUAUCACCGAUUGUAUCCGAUCCUAUAUUCGAUAAAAAAAUAAUACCGGAUCUAAUGAUAUGCGAGCUCAGUCAUUAUAGCGCAUCGGUUGCUGGUGGCAUGCACAUGAUUUUGUUGUGUGAAAAGGUUGUAAAAGAUGAUAUACAAGUGAGAUUCUUUGAGGAGAAGAAUGGGAAAGUAGUUUGGGAAGGAUUUGGUGAUUUUCACCCUGCUCAUGUGCACAAACAAACAGCAAUUCGCUUCAAAACAUCGAGUUAUCACACGCAGGAAAUUGAGGAGCCAGUCCCAGUACACAUUCAACUCAAAAGACCAUCAGAUGGUGCAUUGAGCGAACCAUUACCUUUUCUAAUGUUACCUCUCAGUCCAGAUAAUCCUAAUUCAUUAAAACGAAAGAAACGAAAGAUUAAUAAUAACAAUCUAAACACAGUAUUGAAACAGAAAGAAACGGAAACUGAGAAAAAAUCAUCAGAAGUGAUAACUCCAUUUGAAUGUUCAAUCGGAAAUGAAGAAUUGCUUCCAUUGCGCGCCUUGGAAAUCAUUUCUAAGCAACCGCAAAUUAGCAUUCAAACUAUAAGGGAAGAAAUAUCGCCAAUAGAAAACAAUCCAACGCUUAUUCAGUCACCUCGACCAUCACCUCAAUAUCCAUUAACAAACGGUGACGUACAACAAGUAUCAACCGACUUGUGUCCAAAAGAACAAUUUUCAUAUGUACAUGACAUGUUACAAAUACAAUCUGAAGAACACUUAAAGUUAACUAAAGUGACAUCAGAAUCACGUUACGAAGAAUUUCAUUUGUUGGAAAACGCUGGUGAAGUGGAAGAGACAAAUGGUAUAAAUAUUUUAGAUAUGGAUAGUUUAGAAUGCGAUUUUGAUUCGAAUCUUUUAAAAAUUGAUUCAGAAGAACUCUAUAAUUUUAAUAUUGAAAAUCUUUCUGAAAAUCUAUCUAAUAUAUUAUCCAUUUCGGAUAUUACUAAGCUAAACGAGAAUUUAAAUGAAGAGCAAGAGCAAAGAAAAGAUAGUAAAAAAAAAAAAUAAUAAUGGGUAAUAAUUUUUCUAAAUGAA